AUGUUGACUUUCAAGCUUGCUAUUUUGGCGUGUGGGCUAUUAGUCGUUGCCCGCUUUCUCUUGUCCUUUGUUAAAAGCUUCACAUCACCAACACGACACGUUCCAGGCCCUCUAUUGGCACGAUUUACUCGGCUAUGGUACUUCAGACGUGUUGCCGUUGGCCGCUUCGAACAUGAAAACAUCCAACUCCAUCGGCAAUAUGGCCCGAUCGUGCGUCUUGCUCCGAAUAUGUACAGCAUCGAUAUACCGGAGGCUGUAAACACGGUGUAUGGAAUCGGCUCCAAGCUGCCAAAGUCAGAGUGGUAUGACGGAUGGAAGCAUCCCAGUCCCGAUGCCUGGACCAUCUUCCCAGACAAAGACAUCAAGCGACACGCUCAAACACGAAGAGUGUUCCAAGGCUUGUAUAGUAUGUCCAGUCUCGUCAGCUACGAGAAAUACGUGGAUGAGUGCGCAGAUGUCCUGCUAAGUCGCUUGUCCUUGUUUUCGAAGAGCAAGGAGCCCAUAAACAUGGGCCACUGGUUCCAAUGUUAUGCGUUCGAUGUCAUCGGAAAUAUUACCUUUUCUAAACCGUUUGGCUUCCUUGACCGCGGGGAGGACGUUUCCGGCUUGCUACAGGCGCUGCAGAAAGUCCUCGCGUAUUCUACGCUGGUUGGCAUAUACUCCUCUCUUCAUCCCUACAUAUUUGCCGUGACCAACUUUUUUGGCAUGGGAGGAGCUGCAGGACGGACAUACCUCGCAGGGUAUGUUAGAGAGAGAAUCCGACAGAGAAAGGCUGAGCAGACAAAGAAGGUAAAAAGGGUGCACACCGAUGGAUCUCCCGAAGAUUUCCUGGAGAAGAUCAUGAUCAAGAAUAAAGACGCCCCCUCCAAAGUGACUGAUUAUCAUGUCUUCAUGAUGAGCAUGUCCAACAUCAUCGCAGGAUCCGACACCACAGCUAUCAGUCUAUCAGCCAUCUUAUACUAUCUCAUCCAAUACCCAAAUGCCAUGAGAAAGGUCAGAGAGGAGGCUGCUCUCAUUUUCGAUACUGAUGCUCAUCUUAGCUUCAAACAGAGCCUCGAAAUGCCAUAUUGGCAAGCUGUUAUGAAAGAAGCACUGCGUCUACAUCCCGCCACGGGGCUUCCUCUUUGGAGAACCGCCGCCGAGGGUGGCAUAGAACUGAAUGGACAGUUCUUUCCGGAAGGGACUACUAUAGGCCUCAACACAUGGACGGCACAUUACAACAAAGACGUCUUUGGGGACGAUGUCGCAGAAUUUCGGCCAGAGAGAUGGUUGGAGGCUGAAGAGGAGGGUGGACACAGGAUAGCUCAGAUGAACGCAUACUACUUACCGGUGAGCCAUCCGACUGUUGACAUGUUCAGGCAGGGCUAG